AACAUGACGCUGGCCAAGUCGUACAGCCAACUGGCCGAACCAGGAUCUUCCCAAACCCUGGUAAUCACGGGUACUCCGGGCACCCAGGUGGGCGUCUUGAGCGUCGACCAGGCCGUCUAUCUGCUCCGGAGAAAGGACCUCUUGACGCGAGAGAAGCUCUUCCAGCAGCUGGACGCCAAAGACCUGGGCUGCGGAGCGGGAGGUGGCACCGACUCCGUCCAAGCCCUGCACGACGCCGGGGUGCUGCUGCUGGCCAACACGAACGACGACCGCCCCAAGCGAAACGAUUUGUCCUGCCAACCGCGACAUCGCCAGAAGAGAGAGGCACCCCUCAGCGUUGAGGACACUUAUCAGGAUCCCGUGGAACGCGAGUGCUGCUCGCGAGGCCUGAAGCGCGACAAAUUCCUGAGGUCCUGCUCCGAACGUGUGGACGUGCUAAGGGAGUACAGGGAUCACGACGAGUCACUGAUCACGGAAGAAUGCAUCGCAGCCUUUGCGACGUGCUGCGAGCAGAAGGAAGAGCUCGAGGCGAGUGCCAGAUCGGGGGACAAGGACGGCGACAGUCUGGACGACGGGGAAUUCGAAUACGACGGAACUGUACGCCAUGAUUUCAGAGAAACCUCGCUCUUUAAUCAGUACACCAUCGGAAACGACCGGAGAGUGGAAGUUGAGUACUCGCUGCCGGACUCGAUCACGACGUGGGAAGUGAACGCAGUGAGCACAGCCCCUUUAGGCGGCAUCUGCGCUUCGGAGCCUCUUGAGAUCGUCGCCUUCAAGAACGUCUUCGUGGAGAUCAACGUGCCCUACUCGGUGCGAAAGAACGAGCAGGUCGAGAUUCCCGCCACCGUUUACAACUACGGCCAGAAAACCAUCAAGGCCAGGGUGGCGCUCCGGGGCACCAAGGACAUCUGCUCCGGCACCAGGGAGGGCGAGAGGUCGGCCAUUCACAGGAUCGACGUUCCGAGCGGCCACGGCAGGACCGUUAUCUUCCCGGUGAUUCCGCUCGCCACUGGGGAGCGCUACAUCGAAGUGAUCGCCGUGAGCAGCGCGGGCAGUGACUCGGCCAGGGUCAAGCUGAAGAUUGAGCACAAUGGUGCCCCCCGAAACGAAUCUUUCAACGUACCCCUGAAUCCCACCGACGUUAAGAAGCGACAACAGCGCAGCAUCUUCCACGAACACUACACGGAGAGCUACGCCACCAACGGCCGGCAGCUUGUUCAGAUCCAGCGGCCCAGUCCGGACAUCGCAAUUCCGGGUUCCGAGCACUGCGAGAUCGGCAUUAUCGGCGACAAACUCGGUCCGGCGCUAGAGACAAUGGUCAAAAAUCCCGGAAGCAUCAUGAGUAUGCCCACCGGAUGCGGAGAGCAAACCAUGAUCAGUCUGGCCCCAACCCUGUACGCUUACCAGUACCUGAGAGCCGUGGGAAGUAUCGGCGGUCCGUACGAAGACCACGCUCUCGGCUUCAUUCGUGAAGGCUACAAGAGGAUCCUGACUUACAGAAAACCUGACGGGUCUUUCGCCGUUUGGACCGAUCAUCCUUCCAGUCUCUGGCUGACGGCGUUUGUCCUUCGGAACCUGUGCGAAGCCCGAAAGUCAACCAUGAUCGACGAGGCGGUGAUAACCAGCGGAUUGCGGUAUAUAAUGACGCAACAGCAACAGAACGGAAGCUUCAAAGACGCCUAUCAUCUGCACCACAAAGAACUUCUGGGCGGCGUUGACGGACCGGUGCCUUUGUCGGCCUACGUCCUGCUCACGCUGCAAGAAUGCAUCAAGGAUGGGGUCAGGGUGGACGACCUGGACGUGUCCAGGGCCCGAGCGACCAACUUCGUGGAGAACAACCUGGAGUCUGGUUCGCCGCCGUACACCCUGGCGCUUGCAGCGUACGCUCUCGCCCUGAGCGACAGCCCCAACAGACUCACGGCGCUCGAGUGGCUCAGGAACGUCGUUGUCCACGACCAGGUGGCGGAUACUCGGCAUGUGCCGUCGACCACGCUACCGCUGACGAUCCAGGGAACAGCCUACGCCCUGAUGGCCUUCCUCUCCGAGAGAGAGAACCGGGACUACGUCGACGGAUACGUCCGCUGGCUCAACGGCAAGAUGCAGCCCACGGGAGCCUUGUCGUCCACCCAGGACACUGUGGUGGCGCUUCAGGCGCUCGCCAAGUACGCCACCGUCAGCAAGGACGACAACAUCGACCUCACGUGCCAAGUGACCGUGAGCAAACCGAGCGAGUUCAAGGAGGUCGUCCGAAUCAAGCGAGACAACGCCCAUCAGCUCACUAGGAUUCCGAUUCCAAGCGAGGGGGAUAAGAUCUUCGUCGACGUGAGAGGCUCGGGCUCUGCUCACAUGUAUUUCCUCUACAAGUACAACGCUCCCGUUGAACGCGAAGACAUAUGCAAGUUCCACAUCGCUGUCAACUUUGAGGAAAAGAAACCAGACAUUCAACAUCUUUUAACACGCAUUGCAAGAGAUGCCAGUAAGCAACGGCGAAUGAAGUCCAAGCUCAGUAGCACGUACAAGAUUAAGGUGUGCGCAAGAUACCUGGAGCGGAAUGCUACGGGAAUGGCCAUCCUGGACGUUGGUCUUUUGACAGGUUUCAAGCCUAUUGUCGAAGACCUCAAGAAGCUUGUCACUGACGGAGUAGUUCAAUUCUACGAACUGACACGUCGUAGCGUCAACUUUUACGUUGAAUCUAUUCCCACGAAUGCUGAGGUGUGCCUGGAAUUUGGGCUCGACAAGGAGUUCGAGGUCGGGCAGAUCCAGUCCAGCUACGUCAAGGUGUACUCCUAUUACGAUCCAGAUACGUCCUGCACGGAGUUCUACGCCCCCGACAACUCGAGCCCCCUGCUGAAGCUGCACUGCGACGACACCGAAGUCUGCGCGUGUGCCGAAGGGGGCUGUCCACCCGAGAAACCUCUGGCACCUUUCGUCAAGGAAAUCGACGACGUUAACGAUCGUCGGGAGAGCCUGAGAGAGUUCGUCUGCGAUAAGGUGGACUACG